GAGAAUGGUAAAAGUUUCACAAACACAGUUGGUUAUUGAGUUGUUGCGCGAGGAAGACGUGUGUUGAGACCGAUAUUCAUUCAGUUCAAUCACGGGAGGAAAGAGACACUUUUUGGCACCUACAGCGAGUUUAGGGCGCACAUCAAUUAAGUCGUAUAAUUAUUCUUGUAAGAAAAAGGAACACAGCCAAAAUGAGACAGUGUUUAAUUGUGGUUAUUGCUAUUGUCGGAUUCGCCGCCGCCCAGGAGAACUUCAAGUGCCCAGAUGACUUUGGCUUCUACCCACACCACACAUCAUGUGACAAAUAUUGGAAAUGCGACAAUAACGCGGCCGAGCUGAAAACAUGCGGAAAUGGCUUAGCCUUCGAUGCAUCUGAUUCAAAGUACCUGACAGAGAAUUGCGACUACAUUCACAAUGUCGACUGCGGCGACCGCUCCCAACUCGAACCACCAAUUGGCACACACCACUGCCCACGGUUGUAUGGCAUUUUCGCCGAUGAGAACAAAUGCGAUGUCUUCUGGAACUGCUGGAACGGCGAGGCUUCGCGGUACCAGUGCUCACCUGGUCUUGCCUAUGAUCGCGAGGCUCGCGUCUGCAUGUGGGCUGACCAAGUGCCAGAGUGCAAGAAUGAGGAAGUUGCCAACGGAUUUGCUUGCCCAGCCCCGGGUGAAAUCACAAAUUCCGGCACAUUCUCGAGACACGCUCACCCUGAUGACUGCCGCAAAUACUACAUCUGCCUCGAGGGUGUUGCCCGCGAAUACGGAUGUCCCAUUGGCACAGUGUUCAAGAUCGGCGAUGCCGAUGGCACUGGCAACUGCGAGGAUCCCGAAGAAGUUCCCGGAUGUGAAGAUUAUUACGGCGAUCUGGACUUGAAGAGCAUCCGCAAGAGUGAAUUGCUGGCCGGACUCAAUCAGGAUGGACCUCGUCCAGCUACCAAGCCCAACAAGCCACGCCCACAAGGAAUCAAGGAGAACUAAGAGUCCUCCAUGAGGCACCCCCAAUUUUCAGCCACCUUCUUGUGACUUUUCCUCUCCCCCUUCUCCUUUUUCUCUCCCCCUCAGUCUCUCUCUCUCACUGGAAAUUCAAACUCUUCUCAUCCUUAUCUCCCUUAUCACUCUCUCUGUCGCUCCUUUUAAAGUGUAGGAAUUUCCACGAAAGAAAAGCAACUAUUACGUUUUUGAUGUAGAAAUUCGAGAGUUGUCACCAAUUCGAAAAGAUUACUUUUUUACAAUUUAAUUUAAGUCUCGAUGAAAGAAAAAAUGUAAUGGAAAUUUUAAUUUAACUAAAAUGAAUCAAUGUUAAUAAGAAUACAACUUAUAGACUGUUUUUUUUUUUAAAUAAUAAAUCUUAGAUCUUUAUGUCUUAUUGAUGAUCAUUUAGAAAGAUAAAAUGCAUAAAAAAGGAUUUUUUAAUUGAUUUGUAGAGACAAACUAUCACUAAAUACUUUACUUGCAGAUUGUAAGAUACUCAGAAAUGAAAACACUCAGAAAAUAUUAAGAAACUUUGUAUAUUUUUCGAUGACACUCAAAUCUUAUUGAGAUUAAUUGCAGAAAAUUAAAUAUUAUUUUUUUUUAUUUAUUGAUUCUAUUUUUUCCCCUCUUUUGCAAAUAGAAUUUUUUUUACUUUUGCAGAACACAGAAAAUUCUCUCUCUCUAUCCAUGAAACAUUUUUUGUGAAAAUGUAGACAGAAAUUGGUGAAAAAUAAAUAGAAAAUAAAAAACACCGAUCAACACUGUAUGAUGAAGUGUAGUUGGUAGGUUGAGAGACACAGCACACAAAGAAUACACACAGAGUCUCAUUAAUUGAACAUUAACACUUUUACACGUGAUUCAGACACAAUGAAAAAGAAACAGAAAAACACACAGAAACAUGCAAUGAGAUGGAAGGUAAAAAAAAGAAGAGAAAGACAUUUCAAAACAAUGGAGAAUUGCAUUGAAAGAAGUCGUACAUGAUAAUAUUUUUAAUUAAUAUAAACAAACAA